GAGACCGAGGCUGUUGAUGCCCACAGUGCGUGAACCUCGUCCUCCCUCUCUAGCGCAUGCUAGCCCGACAGGAUCGCCCAAGUCUACCAAAGUCAAGAACUCCUCCACAAAGAUCAUCCGUUCUCGUUCCGCUUCCCUCUCCAUUUCCCUUUCUCCUUCUCUGCUCCACCCUCCUAAGGACACUGGCGCCGAGUGGUUAGGAUUCAACUGCAAGUUCGAGAUAGUGCAGGAGCAACUGGAGAUUGAAGGCUAUCAGAUACAUGCCGUUGAGAAAUGGGUCACAGAGCGAAUAGCGCCAGUUGUAACGCUGGCUGUAUACACAGGCGAUCCAGAGCACAAAAUCACCGUUACUGCUCUAAGCCCGUGCUACAGCCUUUCUGUGGUCGAAACACAGGCAGAAUGGGACAAGGUCAUUCGCGAGCUGCGCCAGUCCGGUGCUCGUCCUAAGGAGACUGUGCACGGAACCCUCAUGGUCACCUCCCUUGCCAACUUCCGUUCGGACUACACCAUCGUCCACGUCCCAAGCGGCUCUUUCCUCGAAGCCCGGGAACGUCUAUAUACCAACAUCAACCUUCUUCGCAUGGGAUGUGCGGGAAGGACUGCUCUGACCUUGGAAGAGCCCAGCGAUACGACCAAAGACCGCUUCAUCGGCAUGUACAACCUCCCCGACAAACUCAGAUCCACCGAGCUCUUCGGCGCGACGACACUAGAGCUCGUGAAGCUCGUCCAAGCCGGCCUUUCGAUCUUCGGCAAAUUCGACCUGUCCCCGGAAGAGCGCAACGGUUUGUUGUGCGAUGUUACGGUGAACGGGAUCCAGCGAUGGAUCGCGGAGAUAGGAGAACCAUGUCUCGGAGUCGAGCCCAUGGAGAGGGUCGCAGAUCCAACCAUCGUUUCCGCUCUCCUCAGUCUCGUCGCCUGUAUCCGCAACAAACUCUACGCUCUUGGUUACGGGCAGCUCUUUCCCAAAGACCCAUUCAUCGAACCGCAUAUCUUCGUGCAAGCGCUUCUCAACCUCCCCUCCGCACGCCUCUUCAACACAUCCAUCAACACCGCCAUCACUGCCUCCCUCACCAACGCCUCUCCGCCUCAUCCUCACACCUCAACCUCCCCAUCCAGCACCACCGCCAACUCCCCCUCCAAACCGAAACCACUGCCUUACCUGACCCAGGAAACGAUCGAGGCCAUCGACGCCGCGUAUACGAAGUUCAGACAGUCGGAGUCGUAUAAGGUGCAUAGGGUGUUGCUCAAUAAGCUGGACGACUUCACGACGGAUCUGAGGACGAGCACGAGUUCAGUGGUGGGUGGGGGGAUCGGGAGUAUCGGUGGGCAUGGACAUGGACAUCAUGGGCACGGACACGGACAUAGUUCGUCUUAUGGGGGCUCUGGCAGCAACGCCUCGAAGGAUGGGUAUGGCUACGGCUACGGGUAUGGGUACAGCGGGUAUGGUGGGCAGCCGGUGUUGAGGGACUCGUCGUCGUCGAGGAACGACGUGCCGAUUGCGACGGGGGAUAUGGAACAGUUUGUGAGGAUCGUGCAGGCGAGUGGGAAGGAUGGGGCGGCGAGCUUGAGGUAUUUGUGGUCGGGACGGUUGGCGCAGUUGGAGAAGAAGAGGUCGGAGAGGGUUAUGUUUGAGGUGGAGAGAGAGAAGGACGAUGAGAAGGAGAGGGAGAGAGAUAAGGAGAGGAAUGAGAGGUCGGAUGGGAGGUCGACCGAGGAUGAGAGUGAGUCAAGGGGGUGGACGGGGAGGAGAGUGCAGCGGAAGAUCGAGUCGUGGACUGGGUUGAACCGUAAGAAGCAGAGCGUGGAUCUCAGUGCGCGACAUGGACACGGGAGCAAGCCCAGCGUCACAGGGGACACUUUUUGGGUCGGUAAUCAAUCUCCACCCGUCCCAGAAGUGGUAGUCUCGAGAGAGGAUGGAGAAGAGGAAGAACUGCUCAGUAGUGGCCAAGCUUCCCCCGCCUCCCAACAAGGUUUCUACCUCAACACGAGCUCCCUCACCGUCGACGGAGGCUCAGCCACGAACCUCUCCGACUACGAUCGCCGUCUGUCCGAAUUCAACCACAAACGGCCGCGUGCGAAACCGACGUAUCAGAGUCGGGUCACGAGCUGGUCGGACCCGUUGAGCGCGAGGAGGGGGAUCACGCAGGAUGACGGGACGGGGGCGGGGACGGGGACGGGGACGGGGACGGGGACGAGGAGGACGAGUAUCGAGGAGAGGGAAAGUUUGAGGGUUGUGGGGAGUGUGGAAGAGGGGUAUAGUAGGGAUGAUAUGUCGGUGUUGAGUUAUAAGCCUUAUGAGGGGCAGGUGUUGACGAGACGGAGAAGUUUCGACGACGCGUCGAGGUUGAAGGCUUUGCGCGUGUUGCCGGUGGAUAGGAUGAAGAUCGACGUGGAUCUCUGUGGACAAUUGCUCAUCAUGCGAAGACGAGAUCAGCACCUCGAAGGCGUCAUCGCCGUCCUCCAGGUCCUCACAAGCCGCCUCUCCUCCACCAACGCCCGCAUGCGCUCCGACUACGAAUCGCACCAAGCCCUGCUCACCUCCAUCGAACACCGCAGCAAACUGAUCGGCGAGAUCGAGCUCAUCCGCGCGCGGACGUCGACGAUGCUACAGGAGACUCACGCGCUCUCGUACGAAGCGGAACAGUUCAGGGUGCAGGAUCUGUGGCAUUCGGUCGCGCCACAGCGGAGGAACGUGAUCGCUAUGCGGGACAAGGUGUUCGGGACGAAUCAUGUGCAUGCGACUGGUGCUGGAGUGAAUGGGGCGAAUGGGACGGGAGCGGUGGUGGGAGGGAGGGGGUCGAGGUUGCCGCAGGGAUCGCAUGGGGCGCAUGGGAGGUUCAAUAGGUUGCAGUGGACCCUUAGCGGAGAGGAGAGAUUGGUGGAUGCGUUAGGAAGGACGGAGAGCGAGGCGGAAGAGGAGGAGGGGUUACCGGAGGAGGGAGAGGAGGAAGAAGAAGAUGUCGGACCUGUGGAGACGGGAUCGGUUUUUAAGCCGGGUUGGUUGUUGAAGUUCUUUGAGAGCUGGGGAGCGAGGUGGCCUGGGGGUCUGAAGCCGAGGGGGAAGAAGGCGGAGCUGCCUGAGGCGCAGGUGACGGAGGGGACUACGGUCGGGGAGGUGGAGAGUGUGGUUAAGAUCAAGGUGGAGGAUGAGAGUGGGGAAGAGAUCCCUGUGAGCCCGAGGCCUCCGCCAAUCGUUCUUGAGGGGGAGAUGUCGUAG